GUGUGCCGUCCGUCAGUCACUACGCGACCAGCGGCCGAGGCAGAUUCACAAUCGGCAACGAUCGCUCGCAACUCCCCAUUUAGCACAGUAAACGCUCUCGCAACAGACCCGCACCACCACCGAUCGCCGUGCGCAUCGCGGUGACGACGUUGUUUAACAACGGAAAUCCCGCGCGGCAAAACCUGUUCGCGGCUAUCGUUCGUGGUCGUGGUCGGGUGUGUGUGGCACACCGUGUAGUGUGUGGGCAGAGUGUAAGGUCGCUGUAAGGAAAUCAGCACCGCGUAUCAGCACUCUCGGCUUUAGCGCCACUACCUACAGUCAAGUCAGUUCGUCACGAUGAGUGUAACAAGUUUGGUGGAUGGUGAAGUUUUGCUCCGGCCAAGUAACCGGGCAUGCUGGAUUUUUCUCAUUUUUGCCUCCUCGCUAUAUCUGACAACGGCACAAAAUGUACCACAAUAUGCAUAUAAUGCGGAUUUCUCCUUUCAAAAUUCCUGGGAAAUCUAUCCUCAACCGGGGUACGUACCAAAACCCCAACAGGAGACAUUGAAAACCUACGAAAAAGUACAAUAUGAAGACUCCUCACUGCGCUUUCCGGCGACGAACCAAAAUGAGCAACAGCAACCUCGACCUCAACCGCCAAAAACGCCCGGAGCGAUGCAGUUCGCCUGGAACAUGAUGAAGAUGAUGGUAUUACCCCGACAGGACAACACAGUCAUCUGUCCAAUACUGCCGCAGACCCUUCUGGCGACCCUGCACGAUGGGGCCGAUCGUGCUGCUCAGGUCGAGCUGAGCUCCUCAUUGCUUGCCACCUCACAGGAACUAGGACAGAUCGUGCGCAGUCAAGAGCUCGCCGUUCGAGGGUCGAGUGUAAACAGGCUCGAUCAGGCGAUGGCCGUCUUUCUCGGAACCGAUACGAAAAUCAGCAAAACCAUCAAGGAUAAAGCACUCCAGAAUGGGGUUGAGUUUGUGUCGGUGAAUUUCCUCAAUCGCAACACCGCCGCCGCUACUGCCAACGAUUGGGUGGCGCGAAAAUCGCAAGGCCUUAUUCGUGAAAUCGUUGCACCCAAUGCUCUCGACGCCUCAACACGUUUACUUAUGGCGAGCGUGAUCAAUUUCAAGGGCAAAUGGAAGUUUCAGUUCACCAAAACGGAACCGGGACUAUUCGAGACGGCGGCCAGCGCUGACUCUAGAUCUCCGGUGGCUCAGCAGGGACCGAUGAUGUACCAGUUCAACCGGUUCCGGUAUGGAGAGAUAGAUUUCACGAAUGGUCAUGGUAUGCGGUGGGUAGAGCUGCCGUACGAAAGUUCCUCCCUGUCCAUGGUUCUUAUGCUACCGAAGAUGCGACACCAGCUGCAGCAAUCAGCUCAGCAGCUUAGCGUUGCUGAUGUAACUGAAAUUAUUACGAGUUUGAAUCAGAAUCGUGGCACCAAUAAGAUGCACCUGACCGUGCCAAAGUUCAACGUAUUCAGCUCGCUGUCGCUGGUGCCCGCGCUCAAGCAUCUUGGUCUAAGGUCGAUCUUUGAUCGUGCUUCAGCUCUUCAGAACCUGGCAAACGAACCACUGGUCGUGCGCGAUGUCUCCCAACGGACGUUCAUCUCGGUUGACGAGCAGGGUACUACUGCGGUCUCGGCCGCUUCGCUUGCAUUCGUGGCGCUUAGUGCCGCCCCACCGCCACCGAUCAUUAACUUUACCGUGAACGAACCGUUCCUUAUGAUGAUUGUGGACAAGAUACACGAGUAUCCGCUAUUUGUAGGAAAGAUAGUGAACCCGACUUUGAACUAAGUUCGAGAUAUUCCAGCCGGUUUUUCGUACGUGGCAUGAAACGUACAUACCUCUUAUAAUGUUAAGUUCGCUUUAGCAAGUAGGUCUGAGUAAAUAAAAUGACUCAAAAAUUA